GGCGGUUACAGCGGGGCUGGGAUUUGUGUGAUGGCGGUUACGGACCGCAUCGCGUCGCGCGCUGACUGACCCCCCGCCGCCACCACCGCCGCCAUUAGCCACACGGCACGGGAGCCAACCCGCUGCCCAUGGAGACACCGGGGGGCGACGGCAUCGUCAACCUGCUGACAGACGAUGAGGAAGAGGAGGAGGAGAAACCCGAGGCCCAGGCCUCACCCGGGGCCCAGCCGGGGCCUGGCUCCCAGCGGAGGCUCCACCUGCAGCCCCCGGUACCCGUCCCGGUUCCGGUCGAGCUCAGCGCCAUCCUGACCGGGGUGGAGCUGGCGGGGGAGGCGCUGAUGGAGGAGCAGCGGCAGCGCGAGCGCGGCCUCGUCCUGAGGGAGAACCAGAGGCUCUUCACCGAGUUUGUGGACUUCUGCCGAACGUUGACGGAGGAGAACCCGGAGGUGAUCAACUUCCUGGAGAAGAAGUACAGCAAGGCCUUCGGGGCCUACCUCUCCUCCACCGAGUUCCGGAACGUGCUGGGCCGCUGCCUGACCCGGGUGCAGAGCAAGAGGAGCAAAGUCUUUGUCUACAUCAAGGAGCUGUGCACGGCCCUGAAGGCCAACUCCCAGAAGACCAAGGCAGCGCUGGGGGCAGUCGCGGCAACGGCGAUGAUUACGGGCCGCGACGGGGGGCCGGAGGGCCGGGGCGACCAGCUCAAGGCCCCGGCCCCCGACCGGAAGCGCUCCGGGGGGGGCUCCCGCCGGCAGAUCCGCUACCUGGAGAACCUGCUGAGCGUCUACACCAAUGAGAUCCGGCGCCUGCAGGAGAAGGAGCUGGACCUGAACCAGCUGGAGGACGAGGAUUCAGUCUACAUCCAGGAGCAUCGGUUGAAGAAGAAGAUGGUGAAGAUCUUCCAGAAGCUGUGCGAGCUGAAGAGCUGCUCCAGCCUGACCGGCCGGGUCAUCGAGCAGCGCAUCGCCUUCACGGGCACCCGCUACCCCGAGGUCAACCGGCGGGUCGAGAGGUUCAUCAACAAGCCCGACAACUUCCCCGACUACCAGGACAUUCGCAACAUCAUCACCAAGGCCAACGCCAGGCACGGCCUGGGCCUGGGCCAGAGGCACAUCCAGAGCAUGGCCCAGGAUGCCUUCAGGGAGGUGGGCAACCGCCUACAGGAGAGGAGGCACCUGGACCUGGUCUAUAACUUUGGCAGCCACCUCACAGACGAUUACAAACCAGGUAAGGACCCUGCGCUGAUGGACACCGGGCUGGACAAGCGUCUGAAAGCGAACCGCUCGCUGGCCAUGAGCCACCUGGACGAGGUGGUGAAGAAAUACGCAGGAAUCCAGGACGUGGGCGAGAUCGAGGAGGAGGAGAGGAGGCGGCAGAAAAAACUGCUACAGGCGGCCUCCGCCCCGGAGCCCACUCCCACCACCCCAGCUGAGCCAUCGUCCACCACCAGCCCCACCCCAGCCCCUGACAGCACGGACCCAGAGGAGAGGACGAGGGGGGGAGAGCCGGAGGGAAAGCCGGAGGAGAGGCAGGAUGCAAUGGGAUCGGAGGAGGAGGACGGGGAGGAAGAGGAAGAGGAGGAGGAAGAGGAGGAUGAUGAGGAGGAAGAGGAAGAUGACCUGUCAUCUGAUCCCGACAUAGAGGAGGAGCUGGCCAAAAUCCCAGAGGAGGCAGAGGGUGAGGAGGAGGCACAGGAAGAGGAGAAACUGGCGGGCAGCGAGGCCGAGGAGGGGGAGCCGUCUGACGAGUCUGUGGCCUCUUCGGACGAGGAGGAGAGCAGGGUCAGCGAGGAGGAGGAGACUCACCGUCUGAACGGGGGCAAGGAGGAGGAGGAGCCCGAGGGAGAGGGAGGGGUCAGCGCGGACAGGGAGCGCGGAGCAGGGGAGGGGCCCCCAGGGGGCAGCGGCCACAAGUGUGCAGCUGUCCCCAUCGCGGUGGGGGGGUCUGGGGCCCAUGGUGAGCCUUCCCCCAUCACCGCGGCAACGGCGACCGAGACAGGAACGGGAAGCACCAGCGAGGGCGGGGCUGUCACCCCCGCAACGGCAGAGGAGGGGCGGGACUCCAAGAAUGGGGGCGGGGCCAGCGAGGGGGGCAGCCCCCUGAUGUUUGACCACGAGAAGGCGACGGAAGCCAGAGAACUACAUGGGCUCAGCCCCCAGGACACUAACCCCCCAAGCGUUCGCUCAGACCCCCGCCAGGGGGAGAGCCAGAGCCCUCCCCCCGAACACGAGCCAGAGUCGGCCCCAAGCACAAACAGCCUGGCCCCCCCACGCCCCCGGGACACGGAGCUGCGGGCGGAUGAAAAAGCCGCACGAGACGAGCCGUGCUCCGGGAAGAUGCAGGAGCGACACGCGCAGAGACCAGAGACGUGUCUGACCGCAGUGAACGGCAGGAAGCGGGAAUCUACCAACCACGGAGCCUCCCCCAUCACCAAGCGGGUUAAGAGGGAGGUCGGAGCACAGGACUGUGGUGUGGAGGUGAUCGAGCUGAUGGAGUCAGACGAAGGCUCGGAGGAGCUGGCGGGGGGCCUGGUGACGUGUGAGGGGGUGAAGAGCGCGGUGUCUGCUCUCAGCAGCUCACAGCCCAGCCCUGUAAGGCACGAAAGGGUGAAUGUGGCGACACAGUGUGACCCGGAGGAGAUCAUUGUCUUGUCUGACUCCGACUGAAGUGGGUUUGAGGUGGGGGGGAGGUGGAGGACGGACGGACGGACAGACAGACUUACAGACAGUCAGACGCGGGAAUCAUGCCCCCGCUCCAGGCAGCCACCGAGCGAGUCAACCGCACACCGGCCAGACAGCGACCGAGCAACAAAACAGAGCUGUAAGGAGCGUACACUGGGCCCUCUCUCUCUCUUACUCUCUCUCCCCCACUCCCCCACCACUA